AUGGCAGUGGAUGGUGUAUUAGCAGACCUGGUAGUGGUCGAUCAUGGACAAGCGAAGGAAAGUCCCACCCAAUGUUCGAAGGCAAAGUUUGGGGAUCCGAACAGUCAACCAGCAAAAACUCUAUCGAAGGGCUCAAAUACUACCCGUGGGGAGACGCGGGUGACACCAAAUACAACAGGGACAUGGACGAAGUGGCACCGUCAUGGCCAGGCGCGUCAAAGAGAAAAUGAUGGCCGCUGGAAAGCUCGGGAUCAAGCAGCCGAGCAGUCUCUGGCAGUAUGCCUGGAUUUCGUGACUGGGAUAUAUCCAAAGGGAGCUAACCUGCAACUGACAGACUGGGGCAACGUGCUUAUGGCCGGGUUCCAUGUUAUGGCCAGCGCUCUCGGUGCAGCCUUCGGAGCAUUUCUCAGACAGGACAACCAAGGAACCGGAGCAGCAAUCGGUUCGGUCGGGGGAACACUUGUAGGGCUGAUGACGGCAGGAUUCAAAGACAGAUUUGUCACCAAGCAAACGCGGGACAUAAAGUCCUUCAUCCGGCAAUAUCCGCUGGACAUGAUAAAUAUUCAAAAACUGGCGACAAAACAUGUCAAAAGAGUAGAAGACAGAGACUUGAAUGAUGAUAAAGGUAAUGUGGACAUAGUCCGCAACAAAUUGGAGGGUCAGUACGUGAGAGAAAUAAGGGGACAGCUGUUAGGGCCGCUUUCUACUCGGUUCCGAACUUUUCGCAAUUUGUUCAAGAACAGAUUUUUCACAGCGUAUGGGGACUUAACCAGGAAGAAAUUCGAGGACAUACCACAGCAGGCGACUGUCUGGGGAAAAGAAAAGGCAGAGAAAGAUCUUCCAGGUCUAAAAGAGAGGAUUUUGAAGAAACAGGAACAGCUGGAAACAACCAAAAAGAGCCGAGAUGAGGAGAUUAGGCGGGCUGAGAAACUACCUGAUAAGGAGAAAGAGGAAAAGGAAAAGGAGAUACGGAAGAGGUAUGACAACGACAUCGAAGAGCAGGAGGGGAAGCUCAAGGAAGACGAGGAGAAACACAGGAAAUAGGAUGAGAGAGAAUUUGACAAAAAUAUUAAAGAAAGAGCGGAAAGGAUCCAAAAGGAUGCGAUUGAAAGGGCGAGGAUAGCAAGAUCGGCCGAGCGAAGGAGAUAUUUAGGUGGAGGUGUAAGUGAAUGGCUGUUACAAGGCCGUAUAUGAACUUUUCAAUGGAAUAUCAUUACAAAACAGACUAUUUCCCGCGCACAAUCCUGCAUAGGCAAUCUUUUAGAUGCAUUGCACCCUUUUUCGUGGAAGCCAGACAAUUUCGCUUCCCUAUCUCUCAAGAGCGACAAGCCGCAAAAUCAAAAGUUUGCAAGCCGUUCUCUGGUCAUUAAACCAUAUCCUUGGGCAUCCCAACCAAACCCCGUCGGCCAAGCUGAGGUAUUCAAACCAGCGCAAACAACUUCCCGGGCCCGACGGGCUUUGUGGCUUUUCAAAUAUUUACUCAUUGCCCAGCAACAAUGAGCAGGAAGUUCCAAAUUAGCACAACAUGCGCAUGUAUUG